UAGUGGUGGAUGGGAAUCGAGUGGAGUCCUCUGGUUUUUUCUGAGGCCAGUGCUCUGUGAGGGCCAUAGCUCGGGACCCUUUGAACCCUAAUCUCCACAGAAACCCAUUUUCUGGGAAAAUUUACCGGACAAGAACAAGAGAAGAGGAAAAUGCAGAAUCAUAGGCUGAAGCAGCAGCAACAACAACAGGCUCUGAUGCAACAAGCUCUUCUCCAACAACAGUCUCUCUACCACCCUGGCCUCCUUGCUCCUCCUCAGAUUGAACCAAUCCCAAGUGGAAAUCUGCCUCCUGGUUUUGAUCCAAGUACUUGCCGCAGUGUGUAUGUGGGGAACAUCCAUACACAGGUAACUGAACCUCUUUUGCAAGAAGUUUUUGCUGGUACCGGCCCAGUUGAAGGUUGUAAACUUAUCAGAAAGGAGAAGUCAUCCUAUGGAUUUAUUCACUACUUUGAUCGCAGAUCUGCUGCUCUUGCCAUAUUAUCUCUUAACGGAAGGCAUCUAUUUGGCCAGCCUAUUAAAGUUAAUUGGGCAUAUGCCAGUGGUCAGCGAGAGGACACAUCAGGUCAUUACAACAUUUUUGUUGGUGAUCUAAGUCCUGAGGUCACUGAUGCUACACUGUUUGCAUGCUUUUCUGUCUACACUAGUUGUUCAGAUGCAAGGGUUAUGUGGGAUCAGAAGACCGGGCGUUCAAGAGGAUUUGGAUUUGUUUCUUUCCGCAGUCAACAGGAUGCACAAAACGCUAUAAAUGAUUUGACUGGUAAAUGGCUUGGAAGUAGACAAAUACGCUGUAACUGGGCAACUAAAGGUGCUGGUGGUAUAGAAGAGAAGCAAAACUCAGAUGCAAAAAGUGUGGUGGAACUAACAAAUGGCUCAUCUGAAGAUGGUAAAGAGGUGUCUAAUAGUGAUGCUCCUGAGAACAAUGCUCAGUAUACUACGGUUUAUGUGGGUAACCUUGCUUCAGAGGUAACUCAACUUGAUCUCCAUCGUCACUUCCAUUCUCUUGGGGCUGGUGUGAUAGAGGAGGUUCGUGUCCAGCGUGAUAAAGGGUUUGGUUUUGUGAGGUACAGUACUCAUGCUGAAGCAGCUCUGGCUAUUCAGAUGGGGAAUGCCCAAUCUCUUCUUCUUGGAAAACAAAUUAAGUGCUCUUGGGGGAGCAAGCCCACUCCACCUGGAACUGCUUCAAAUCCCCUUCCCCCACCUGCUGCUGCAUCUCUUCCUGGGCUAUCUGCAAACGAUCUUUUGGCAUACGAGCGACAGCUAGCAAUGAGUAAGAUGGGGAGUGUGCACGCCUUGAUGCAUCCCCAAGGCCAACAUCCUCUUAAACAAGCAGCAGCCAUUGGAGCAAGCCAAGCAAUAUAUGAUGGUGGGUUCCAGAAUGUUGCAGCUGCACAGCAAAUGAUGUACUACCAGUAACACUUCUCGCUUCUCUUGAUUCGUGUUAAACUCUAGGGAGCUUUUUACUUUUUUCACUUCACGGUGGUUUGGUACUUACACCUGCCAUGUUAGAUAAUUAUGAGCAAACAUUUGUAUGGGUUUGUAUCAUGUAUGCGGUUUUCUACUUAGUAGUGAUGAGUGUUUGUGAUUUUAAUAGGGAUUGUCUGCCCUGACAUUUUUCUUCUCACACCCAUUUGGGUGUUACUAUGCGAUGGUUGUCAUCAAUAUCAUCAUCCUGUCUAUAGAGGCUGUUAUGUAUUUAUUAAAUAUUUCAAUGCACAAUCAAUAUGCUAGUAGUAUGGUGGGUGUGGGUGAUAUGUUUCUAUUAUAUAGGCUUCUUGAUUC